UAAAAAACUGAUAAGCUGCAAUUUGAGUUUGGAGCUUGAUUAAGAAAAAAAAAAACAGUUUAAGUUCAGAUUCCGCUCUAGCAUGUUGCUCAUGUAUAAAGCGUUCUCCUCGCUGUGUCGCGAAGAUUAUGAGCAUUGUGCCACAAAUAAUACAUAUCGACGCUUCAAUGACCGCGAACGCAGCGUGGACUUUGUGCUGGCCUAUCAUGUGAACAAGCAGCAGGAUGAGGUGGCCAUACGCAAGCGUCAGAUCUUCGAGGCGAAUCUAAUGCGCGAGGGACUGCAGCUGGAGCACGAGCAAGUGCAGCUGAUGCACUUCAUCAAGCUGCAUGCGCCCGCCGAAGUGCUGCAACGCUAUGCCGAAAUUCUCAAGAUCAAAAUGCCGCUCAAGUGCAUACCAGGUCAAGAGCAGAUCAUUGAGGAGACAACGCACGAGUUUAAGACUUGCCUGAGUCGCCUCUGUCGCAGCAUGUUCAGUUCCGUCCAACUGAACACGGAACUCUUUCCGGAGCGUGCGCCACGCAUUCACAUGGAGUUUGCGGACAAGUAUGCCGAGCUCUAUGAUAAACAGCAUCCCAACUAUUUUGAUGCCAGCACGCGCUAUACCAUCAUCAAUUUCAUACUCCAACGCCAGCAUUUUGUAAUGGGCGAGGAGACGGCGGAUAACUUGGGCGUGGAGAAGCUGAUCAACGAUGGAGUCUAUCAAUGCGCCUAUACCUUGCAUGACGAGGUGGAUCGCAGCCGUUUGCUGAAGGAAUGGGCCAACAUUGGAAAAUGGAAAAACUUGCAACCUUUAGACCAUAUUAAGGAUUAUUUUGGUGCCAAGGUGGCGCUUUACUUUGCCUGGCUGGGCUUCUAUACACAAAUGCUGAUACCCGUUAGCGUGCUGGGCAUAUUGUUCUUUCUUUAUGGCUUCGUCACGUGGAACAGCGAUCCGAUUAGCCAGGAUAUUUGCAAUGGCAACGAGACGGUUAUGUGUCCGCAAUGCGAUCGCGAUUGCAACUAUUGGCGCCUCAAUGAGACCUGCACCUCGGCAAGAUUUAAUUAUUUGAUUGACAACAGCAUGACCGUGUUCUUUGCUCUGGUCAUGGCCAUUUGGGCUGUCGUUUAUCUGGAGCUAUGGAAACGCUAUUCGGCUGGCCUGGUGCAUCGUUGGGGUCUCACGGGUUUCACACACCAUGCCGAGCAUCCGCGUCCGCAGUACUUGGCCAAAGUGAGCAACUCCAAGCGGCUAAAGGCCAAACUGCAAGGCAACAAGAGCGGCCUCGAUCCGGAUGUGCCCUUCUGGAGCAUCAAGUUCCUGCCCAACUUCACCAGCUUUAGCAUCAUGGUGCUCUUCAUGUGCAUAUCAAUCAUUGCCAUCUCAUCGAUCAUAAUCUAUCGCAUGGCCCAACGCGCCAGCAACAGCAUUCUGGGCAAUGAGAACUCCAUGACCUACAAGAUACUCGUUAUGCCAAUGACGGCGGGCUUCCUCGACCUGAUAGUCAUCUCCAUACUGGACAUGGUCUAUCGCAUGCUGGCCGUCAAGCUAACCAACUACGAAUACUGCCGCACACAGACCGAAUACGACGAGAGCCUGACCAUCAAGAAUUAUGUGUUCGAGUUUGUCAACUACUAUUCCUCGCUCUUCUACAUAGCCUUUCUCAAGGGCAAGUUUGUGGGCUAUCCGGCGAAGUACAAUCGCAUAUUGGGCUUUCGCCAGGAGGAGUGCAAUCCGGGUGGCUGUUUGAUGGAGCUCUGCAUGCAGCUGAUCAUCAUUAUGGUGGGCAAGCAGGCGGUGAAUGCUAUUGUCGAAAUGCUUAUACCCUAUCUGAUGCGCACGUUCAAGGAGUUUAGCUACCGCUAUGGCUGGAUGAAGGAGGAUAGCGAGCAAAAGCUGGUGCCGCACAAUCAAUACACCGAGGACUUUCAUCUCUUGCCCGCCGAGAAUAAUUCGCUAUACGCUGAAUAUUUGGAAAUGGUGGUGCAAUAUGGUUUCAUCACACUGUUUAGCUUGGCGUUUCCUUUGGCGCCACUGCUGGCGCUGAUCAAUAAUGUUAUGGAGGUGCGUCUGGAUGCCAUUAAGAUGCUGCGCUUUCUGCGUCGUCCUGUCGGCAUGCGUGCCCAUGAUAUAGGCGUCUGGCAUAAUAUAAUGAUCGUUGUCACGCGCAUUGCUGUGGCCUCCAGUGCCAUGAUUAUUGCAUUUAGCACCAAUUUGAUACCGAAACUUGUCUACAGAGCCACCCACGAUGAUCCCGAGCUAAGCAACUAUCUUAACUUUACGCUAGCUACGUUUUAUACCAAGGACUUUCAGGUGCAGCCGCUGCUGCUGGACAGCUCGUACUCAAACAUAACCGAGUGCCGUUAUACAGAGUUUCGCAACAAUCCCUGGGAGCAGCAGCCAUAUAAGCGUCCCAUGAUCUACUGGAAAAUCCUAACAGCGCGCUUAGCUUUCAUAGUCGUUUAUCAGAACAUCAUUACCAUGCUGCAGGGCAUUUUAACCUGGGCUGUGCCUGAUGUUUCUGGUCGCCUGCUCAAGCGCAUCAAGCGUGAGAAUUUCUUGCUGCGCGAGCAUAUUAUUGAAUUUGAAAAGCAGCGCGCGGCUGCGCAGGCUCAAACACCACAAAAGCAGCAGCCACUGCAGCAGCAAACUCAGCUUGCCUCAAAGGCUGAGCCGGAGGUUACGCUGCGCCAGCGUCUAAAUGGCCAUGAGUCCAGUGUCGCCGAUACGAAUACUUCUUAUGUCUGAGCCUGUGUCUACUUGUGAACUAGUUUUAAGUACUUUUUGUCUUUUGGAAACCAAGUGCAUUUUAGUUUUUAAGCCGUCAACAGAGCAAAACAUUGUAUA